AUGCCUUUCCGCACCCUCACGCAAGCUGGCUUCACCGUCUACAAGGAGCUGGGGCGCGGCAGCCAGGGCGUGGCGAAGCUUGCCAAGGAUCCGACCGGCCGUGAGUUCUGCGUCAAGUGCUUGAAGAAAGACACGAUGAGUGCCGCAGGCAUCGAGGAGCUCCAAGAAGAGUUUCAGACGCUACAGCUUCUGGCGCACGACAAUAUCGCCCAGGUCUUCGAGAUCUUCCAGGAUGCUCAGUUCUACUACAUGGUGGGCGAGCCCUACCACGGCGGUGACUUCAUGACGCUGACUCAACGCGCCAAGGAGCAGCAGGUGCCCAUGACAGAGGAUUGGUGGCGCGGCAUCUUUCGGCAGUGCGCGGAGGCUUUGGAGUUCAUGCACGAGCAGUCCAUGAUGCAUUGCGACAUCAAGGAGCCCAACAUUAUGAUCAAGUCACGGGACUUCCGGCACCCCGAGGUGGUCGUCAUCGAUUUCGGCGUUUGCAGGGCCAUGGUCACGGCACCAAACGGAAUGCCAGGCGGAACGCCGGGCUACAUGCCUCCAGAAACCAUCCAGCAGCGCAAGUGGCUGCCGCGAGGUGACGUGUUCUGCCUGGGCGUAACCUUCAUUCAGGCGGCAUCUUCGUGGAAGGUUGCCAGACGAUCCAGGCGGGCACACAUCCGCGAAGAGAUGCGGAAGGGCAUGAGGGAAAAGCUGGAGAAGGUGCGAGCAGAGCUCGAAGGCGACGAUCCCGAAGCUCCAGCAAAGACUGAAGACGUGGAGAUGGACGGCUCGAGAAUAUGUGGACAGAUGACAAUGUCCUGCAAUCAUGCUUUAUUUCUGGUUCUUUGUCUUCUGUGCUGGGCACCAGUUGGCGGCGACUGUUUGCCGGAGGCAGUACUGGAGAAGAAUCGCACGUACAUCCAAGACAUCGACGGCAACGACAUCCCAAUCGGCUUUCUGAGAAUGGAUUGGCGUUCGUCCGUCAUUGCAACGGCCAUUGCGCGCAUCCUUGUGGAGGAGGUCUUGGGGUAUCAUACCACCGCGGAAGCAGAUCCCGCACUUAGAUCCCGCUACGCAUUCCUUGCUUUGGCCGGCUGCCAAAAUUACAAUGAUGCGCCUACACCGAUCUCGUCAGGAAAUCUCAAGCCGCCUUCUACUGGUGGAUCCCGGAAGUCACGUUCUUGGACCUUGAACCUCAGCCAGUCAUCUUUCCGGAACACAGCCCAAAGGAGUGGGACGACUAUCUCAUGCGCACAGCGGCCAAAGGAGCUUAUGUCAACAAGGCCUCGAGCUACGACCUCGGCUUUAAAGCAGAGCUUGUCUCCAAGCUGA